CUACAAUUAGUUUUAUGGUUUAUGCUAUUUCAAUGUUAAUUAAUAAUCUUACACCUAACAACGAUAUUAUGGAAACUGUUGAUUUUACGACAAAUACAAUGGCAUUUGAUGAAGAUAUUUGUGAUGAAGAAAUUAAUACACUUACUAUUGAAUCCAGUCAAAUUCAAAUUGAUAUUCAAGAUUGUAAUGGGCUUAUAUAUCGAGUUAAAAAUGCUUUAUAUGAAAGCUUACUUCAUUACAAUUCAAUUCCAUCUGAUAUUGAAAUGCUGGCAUCACUAUUGAAUUCUCGUUGCAAAUCACUUGGCUUUGUUUCAAAUGCUGAAAAGAAAAAGACUAUUGAUAUAUUAAAAAAUAUAGUUACAAGUUUACAAUCUCAUUUAGAUGAAUUUCAAGUAGUUAGAAGUGAUAACUCACUUAUUGCACGAAUGCUUCAGUCACACCAUCCUAAAAUUGACGAA